AUGUCUGGAAUCAACACCAAUAUGCCAGCAGCAACAUCUUUUGAGAAGGAUGUGGUGUUCAAAGCGUGUGAACGCAAUCAUACAAUGUCACUUGGUCGCGUUUGCUAUGAUGGUUGCCAAGAGUUUCUCGGAGGAGGGGGAAAGACCAAGGAUGCCAUGUUGUGUGCUGCAUGUGACUGUCACCGAAGCUUUCACCGCAAAUGCAUUAUUUACGACCCUAUAACCCAGCGUCAAACUGAGAACAUUUUGAAUACAAAUAAUUCUCUUGCAGAGGUGGAGAUGAUGUCAAUGCUGCCAAAGAGGAGGAAGAGGACUGUGUUCACACCAGAGCAGAAAAAUCAGAUGAUGAGGUUUGCUGAGAAUGUGGGAUGGACACCUAAAGGGGCUAACAAGGAUGAAAUCCAACGCUUCUGUUUGGAGAUAGGAAUCUCCCGUAAAACUUUCCUAGUUUGGCUGAGUAAUAACCGUCAUCGAGCAAAGCAAAAUAAUACCAAAUAA